UGCGCUGAUGGUUCCGAUGAAUCGCCCAUACACUGCGAUGAAAGAUUCGGCAGAAAGACCAAUAUAUUAGAUCCCAAAAAUGAAUGCAGAGCCUAUGAAUUAAAAUGCGCUGCUGAUAAGUGCAUUUCCAAAUCUAAGAUGUGCGAUGGGGCGGUGGAUUGCCCAGAUGGUCGCGACGAGUCCGUGGAGCUAUGCAUAGAGAAAUACGACCAAGAUCUUUUUCAGUGUGCCAAUGGGAAAAACAUUAACAAAGAACUUGUGUGCAAUAACAAUUAUGAUUGCAUCGAUGGCUCCGAUGAGUUAGAAAAUGUUUGUGAAUUUGCUGGAGGAUGGCAACAAAGGUCGGCAGUUAAGUGUAACGAGCCUUUGGAGAAUGGUUUGCGAUUUUCAUCGAUAACGAAAUUUUAUCAACCCAGUAACAAAACCCGAUUUGUAUAUGCCAAUAUGCCAGUUCACUUCAAGUGCUACAACAGUAAAAUUAAUGUGACUGGCGAGGCGUGGAAUGUGUGCAUGAUAUCAGGCAAAUGGCGACACGAUCUGCCCAAGUGCAUUGGCCCUUGGAUCAACAGGGAUCCAGAUACAAAUGGAAUCAACGGAUGCCGAAUAGACACAUACUCGAAAUACAAAGAUAUACUCAGAAUAUACAAAUGUACAGGUGAUGAAAUGGACUGCUUAACACCGGUGAUGCCACCUAUCAAUGACAUGGAUGUAAGGUUCGAGUGUGAACCCGGCUAUUCUUUGUAUCCAACAACAGUAAAUUGGGAUUCGAAAUUCGAUUGUUGGAAUAAGAAAUGGAAUAAUGGUUUCGAUUUCACGGAACCUCGAUGUAUCAAGUUCUGCAAUAGAGAUUUGUUACAUUGCCGAGACUCAUUGAAGCCGAGUUGCAAAAAUACUAAUGGCGAAUACAUACCGUGUGAAAGUAAUACACCAUUUCCCCCAGGUGGUCAAGUCACAUUGCGUUGCAAAGAUGGAUUCAAAGAACAUGGUGAACAGCCAACAAUUUACUGCGAGGAAGAUGGAACCUGGCGUAACUGGAAUAGUACUUAUAUGGACAAUUUGUGUUCGCUCGAUUGCGGCGUGUCCACUAAGGAAGGCCUAACAAAGAACGCAGUUCGUAUUGAUCCUGAACAAACACGCUGGACAUUGGCCAUUUUCUUUAAAAAAGGAACUAGUACCGACUAUGAACACAUAUGUGGUGGUGUCCUUAUAAGACAUAAUCUAGUCUUGACUGCCGCACAUUGCGUUUGUAGGACCAACACGAAAAAUAUUUAUGAUCAUCACUUGUUUCGAGUGGGUCCUUCAAAUAGUAACACAAGUAUUGUCAGCAGCGACUUUGGCUGGUCAGUUAAAUAUAUAUACACUAACACAUACUAUGUACCCAAAGACUUUAGGGCCGAUACUGCUCUUAUGCACAUCGAGGAGAAAGACAAUAUGAUAUCCCCAAUUGUUUGCCUGCCAUGGCUCAGCAAUGUCAAUAGGGAGAAUCUUUAUACUACGGAUCAAGGUCGUGUCUGCUCAUGGGAUUCGAAUGACUUAAAUAAAUUUGGUAAAUUGAGUUUAAAUGUAGUUAUAGCCAAAGUAACAAAUGUAAGCGAACUACAUUUUUAUCGCAUAACACCACUUAGGAAUGCAUUUAUUUGUAAGGGGGAUAGUGGAAGCGGCUUUGUCAGUGAUUGCUAUAGCAAGGAACAGGCAAUAUUUGUGGACUGUCUCUAUGGCAUUGUGAGUUCAAAAGGACAUUCAGCGAGUAUAAUUGACGGUUGUACGCAAGACAUUUCAAUUGCAAACAUUGGACAUGCUAACAACAAGGACUUCAUUACUGAAACUUUGGAACAAGUUUCAAACACUUGUGACCAGAUAAGCAGUUAGAAUAGAUAACUGGAGAGACACGCUAUUCAAUCUAGAUAACAAUUCAUCUGUUAAUAACUCAUAAUUAUAUUAUAAUGGUGUGUUUGAUAGCAAUAGUGCAGGCUGUUUUGUUUAAUAUACGGGUCUGUUCUGGAUUUCACUCUCUGCAAGAUUUAUUCGAAAGUAAAAAUCUUUAAACUGUUUUAAUUUUGUUUUGAAAAUAUUUAA